AUGGUGACGGCGUCGGGCGAGCGCAUCGUCGGGAAGGCCAUCUCCGCGGACAGCCCGGCGUUCUUCCACGUCGCCCACGCCGAGGUGAACCCGGAGCUCGGGCGGCGCCUCAAGCGGUCCAAGGGCCCGCCCUUCGUUCCGGGCAAGGACCGCAUCGAGGCCGCGCGGCGCGCGGCGGUGAGCACGCACGCGUCGCUCCGGGACCCGCCGAGCGGCGUCGCGUCGCGGCACGCGCACGGCGUCGCGCUCCGCGGCGACGGCUCCGCCUUCCGGCGCCGCGUCGGCGCGGCCGAGUCGUACGUCGAGCAGGCCGCGGAGUCGUCGGACCUGCUGGUCUGGCAGCGGACGCAGGACCGCGACGAGGACUUCUCGAGCCCCCUGCAGACGCUCCGGCCCGUGAGCCGCGUCGACUACUACGACGCGCGGCCGCCGUUCAGCAACUACGUCGGCGAGCUCGGCCGCACGGCGCGCCUCGCGACGGCGCCGGCGCUCGGCCGCCGGCACCGCGGCGGCGCGCGCGCGCGGUCCGCCAUGGGCCGCGGCCGCCGCGGCCGCGGCGACGGCGCCGCGGCCGCGCCGCGGCUCGCGGCGCUCGCGCCCGCGGGCGCGCCGGCGGGCCUCCGCGCGCGCGCGGCGGCCUACGCCGCGGGCGCGGCCGCGAGCCAGGUGCGCCACGCGCGCGAGCGGCCGAAGACGAGCGAGAGCCGCCACCGCGACGGCGUCGACGGCCCGCGCCAGCUCUGGCGGCCGGGCACGCCGCCGUUCCACCGCACCUGGGUCAGCAGCCCGCGCGCGCCCCUCGUCGCGCCCGAGGCGUCGACGGCCGCCGACGACGUCGCCGCCUUCGAGCGGCGGAACCACGCCGCGCUCGAGCUCGGCGACUACAGCAAGCGCGAGCUCGUCGCGCUCAUCGCCGCGCAGGGCCUCGACCCGCCGGGCCGCCUCGUCUGGGACCCCGCCUCCGCGACCAUGGUCCGCGAGAGCCUGCCCAAGGAGACCUACGUCGACUUCUGCCGCCAGAAGUUCUACGAGCGCGACCCGCAGCCCCUCGUCCGCGUCGGCCGCCGGCUCCGCGCGGCGCCCGGCGGCGGCCUCGCGGUGCUCGACGCGUCCGCGGAGCUCCCGGGGGAGCGCGGCGGCGACGACGGCGCGCUCUACCGCGUCGUCUCCGUCUACCGCGCGGACAACGGCGGCGCGCGCGUCGUCUGCUACGACCCGCGGACCUGCGCCUACGGCCGGCUCCUCCUGCUCGAGGAGCGCCUCGAGGAGCUCCACGUCGGGCCCGCGCCGGCCCGCGACGCCGACUACCCCGCCUGGAGCCGCGGCCUCGUCGAGCGGCUCGAGCUCGGCGCCGAGGGCGACCUCCGCGUCGGCCGCCAGCCCCUCCAGCCCAACGGCCUCACGCUCGACUUCUCCCUCAGCGGCCACCGCGAGCCGCGGCCCGGCGCCGCGUCGGACGCGCCGCGCCGCCGCGCGCCGCCGGGCGACCGCGCGCCGCCGCGGCCCGACGCCGCCGCCGCCGCGUCGCCCGUCGUCCUCCGCCACCCGCCGUCGCGCCACAUGGUCACCCAGUGGUUCGACUUCAUGUAG